AGCCGUUGCAAUUUUAGCUCAAACAGCCGCAGCACUAAGUGCGCGACUCGGGCCAUGAUCCUUUUAGAUCUUUUCUUCUGGUAUUGGCUAGCAGGUGUGUUGCAUGAAGUGAGCCACUUGAUUGUCGGAUGCUUUUGUGGGUCUCCGUCUACAACUUUGAGGAACCUCUAUUACAUUGUGUUUCUUCGCCGGGUGGAGAUCUGCACUCCAAAGAAAUGGUGUGAAGCAGCAGUGAGACAUUCCGGUUGGGUGGCGUCUGCAGCGUUGUUUGUAUGUGCCCAUGUUCUGGGACUUGGCUUAGAAGUCCAAGCAGCGACGGGCAUCACUGCCCUGGAGGCCUUCCUGUCAGACUUCUUGGUGUGGACAUCUCCGCCCAGCAAUCUGUUUUUUUGUGGGAAUUUCGGCUUGAUUCUCUUGAACGAGGCUUGGGCAGCCUCAUCAUCCACCAUAAAGGACAUCCUCGAGUUGAUGGUGGAAGUUACCAUGGUGCGAGGAGCACAGAGUGGGGGUGUGGUUACGUUUGCAUCGCGUGGCUGCCGUAGAGCAGGCGACCUGGUCGGUUUGCGAACCAGGGUGGUGAACCAAAAGCGAACGACCUUGUCGCGAUUGCUUCGGAAUGCCUUGGACUCUAUGGAGCGUUGGUCUUGGAAGAGGCCUUUGCGCUUCGGACGGGUCUAUGCUGGCCACACACGUUUUGCGACCAGCUCAAAGGCCAGCCUGGACGGCACACACCCUCACAUUUGGUCACGGCCACAGCAGCUGAUGACGUAUGUUGGAUGGUCUGAAGGCUCCUUGAAAAAGAAGAAAUCUUCGCGAACUUUCGAGAUCUAUGUGUGCCAUAACGGAGACUUUGAUUUCUUGGAAGUCGGUGGCCAAACUUAUGAGCUUGGGGAAAUCCAAUGCUGGUUGGAGAAGGUGACUUGGCAACAGCGCCCCUCCAACGUGGACUCAGCCGCGAUCGCUGGAGUGAUGGACUUGCUUAGGACCCAGGGCUUGGUUUGGCCCAGCGCGCGCUAUGGUUUCCUCUUUGGCAUUCAACACAGAUCGUUGGAUAAGAAGAUGCCUCCGUUGAAAGUUUUCAAGCAAUUGGGUGACAUCAUGGACCAGUUAAUUCAGGGCUGGGUGCCAGAAGACAUUGAGCUCUCUUUAUUGGAGCCUGAACGAGAGCAGAUGGCCGAGGAGUACUUUCAACAGGUGAAGAGAAGCGGACUCUUGAGCUUGAGUGACCGAGACGGUCGAGCAAUGGCAGCAGCUGCCAUUGAUGCCUUCUUUGACAACGACUUGCUUCACGCAACUUCACUCUUUAUGAAGAAGGCGAAAGGCUCUUUCGGCCUAUGCGUCACUUGCUCCCUGGACGCCGAUCGACAAAUGAUCAUAGCAGCGCGAGGGCAAACGAUGUCCAUGGCAUUCUAUCCUCAGAGUGGAAUGGUGCUCUAUGGUUCAGAACAGGCAGCAAUGAAGGCUGCCGUAGGAGUGAGGCUGCCUGGGAAAGAGGAAGAAGAAGACGAGGUUCCACUUCCGGUUGCAACCUUUGAUCGCAUGACAAGUCAGGACAGCACAGUGUCACUGCCAAAGGCGUUGCCCCCGAGAAGAUUUUCAAAGGAUCUCUCCCCUACGAAGCACUAUGUGGAAAUUAAUGGCGUGAUGCGGAAGCCACGCAGGCCAAGCCUAGCAUGUAACUCCAGAGAUGACACGCGGAUGCGAAUCAGCGGUGCUCCUUCGCUGGUGAAUGACGGCCCUGCAAUGCGCUAUGAUUUGGACGAUCUUGCGGGUGAAAUUUGCUUGCUGGACUGGGGAGAUGGGUUGCCCUCAGCCUCGAGUGAAACACUCCCUUUCUAUGCAGUUCAACCGAUGAUGCAGAGCAAGUUGAAGGUGGUCUCCGUGAACGACAAGCCGUUCUCGUCUAUGGCGCAGCUUUUCGUUCCUCUUGAAGAAAAUCCUUUGGUGUUGCCGCUUCCAAAGACGCUUCCUGAUCCCGUUGGAAACGACAUCAAAGAGAUCCCGCAAGCUCUCAAGAACAUCCAGACAGAUUGGCGCAUGGGAGAAGGCCAGAACCGCGCUUCGGCCAUGUCAUUGAGUAGAGCCCUUCUUGCAAGAUUGCGUGAGAAGAUGAGUGGGCAAAGCGCGCCAGAUGGCAUUGACCUUCUCGUCACAGGCUGUGAGGUGAGCUUGUGGCUUGGUGAACAGUUUGCCACAGACUUGGCGCAUUGCUUCAAGCAUUUGAACGUGAGGACCGUCUCUGCCAACAAACUGCUGGGGCUUAGUGGUCAGCAGUUCUCGAUGUGCCAGACGGGGCAUGACCUCUCCGACAAUUGGGAUCUUCACGAUUGCGUGGUGCUCAUCAUCAGUCAUUCAGGGGGCACUUUUGCAUCAUUGGCAGUGUCCAAACUGCUCCAAGCCGUGACCAAGAGGAUUUUUGUGGUGACUUCCGAGUGGGAUACACAGAUUGGUAAGCAGCUUCGCGCGCUUGGCACCUACAGCCAUGUCUUCAGCACAAACAUCUCGCUGCGCCCCGCUGAGCCUUGCUCCGUCUCCGUCGCCGCGACACAGCAGCUGCUGACACAGAUCCUGAUGUACUUGGCCUUCCGCAUUUUGUCUGAUGAUGUGAAAGACAGCGCUGGACCAGUGAUCACUCGGACAGAUUUGGCCGAAUUGGAGCAUGUGAAUCGGACCAACAUCGAGGCGUUGCAGGAGAUCGUCGGGUACCACAAGUCGAUGUCAAAGACUGAGCGAGAGCUUCGCAGGAGAGGCCGAGCGUGGGCGCAGCAUGUGCUUGAGACGCCACGAGCUUGGAUCUUGUGCGCUGCGUACGUGGCGGUCACGGUGACCUGUGGGAUACCACCUAUCACAGCCAUUACUACGCAAGCUGGGCUCUAUGAGAAAGUCCCGCAGGAAUUGCUUUAUGUCGCCAGAGCUUUAGAUGCUGCGAUCUACAUCUUCCUGCCGCAGAUCAUGAUUUUUUGCAUCCGGUUGCUGCAGUGUCGACCAUUGCUCCACAGGAUGACCGGGCGGACAGUGGUGAUUGGAGAUGUGCCUUGGGUGGCUCAAUGUGUUGAAGCAUUCUUGUCAAAGCUCGUUGCGUGCACCUACUCGGCCACGGCGCUCGCCGUUUUCUCAGCCAACCCUGCGGACCACUUGGUGCAUCGAAUGACCCAUCGUGUUGUUCGAGGUAGCCUGUUGGCUUGUGGUCGACCUGAUGGACGUCUAGUGGCUUUGACCAGCGCUGAGCAAUCGGUGUGCUUGUCGGUGAACCAGGCCAGCAGCAUCCAGUCAUUGGGAGUGACUUGCGAGAGCAUCACUAUUGGACACAAUCCUCACAAGCUGCCUCUCACAGCUCAUCAUGUCUGCUUGCAAGGCUCAAGGCCACAGUUCUUGUGUGAGCAUUUAUUGCCACCAGGUGUGCAAAGUGCUACAGCUUUGCAAGGCUGUUUUGGCAAUUUGGCUGAUUCAGUCGAGUCCAACGACUUGUGGGCCAAGCUGCGAGAGGAUUUGAGCAACACCAGCAAGAAGAGGAUAGCAAGCUCUUCGGUUGAGACAAUGCUGGCGAGUUUACAAAAAGACAGCGACGGGCAAGUCUCCUUCAAGGACUUCGAACGCGGUUUCAAGGAGUUUAUGCCUACUCACCAUCUUGACCGGAAGGAUCUCAAAGCAGUUUUUGAUCGCUUUGACCAAAACUACAAUGGCGCAUUGAGUCCAUCAGAAUGUAAAGCCAUUUUGCAGCUGGAUUCUGUGAGCUUGAUGUCAUAUGCCCAGCUGGCUCGUAACACUUCGCCUUCUUCCAUGGACCACUUCAACAUUCAGGAAUCGACUGAGCGCAUCUUCGGUGCUCGGCUCAUCAACUCUGACAUGUCUGCCAAGGAUCAGUUCAAGAUGACCGAGUCCCAGCGUUUAUCCAUGAUGCUCUAUGAGAGUAGAAUUGCCUCCUUACAACGCGCUGUAGCCUUCUUCGUGAUGUUUCACCAGAUGGGAAAGACGAUUGCUGAGUUUUGGCCAUGGGUGAGUUUUGGGAUCCUGCGCUAUCGCAUGGAUCGCACUCAUUCCAUCAUGCGGAUAGCCACAACUGCAUCCCCAGUCUCGGGUGCCAACGUGCGCGAGAAGAUGGUGGACUUGGAGACAAAGAAAAGCCUUGUCCGGGUGAAGGGCCUCCUGUCCAAAAUGAUCGCGCUUUGGCGACAGCAGCAAGUGUACAGUUCCGCUGAGUUUUAGAUCGUGUAAAUCAGUGUAGAUGCCGCGCAAGCUCAAAUUUCUGGAUUUGUGCUCGGCAUGUGUGUUGG